AUGGAGAAAACCCAUGACGCCUGGACCUGGUUCCUUUCCAUGGUUGAAAGAAUUAUUGUUGACUCUAGCACACUUACAAUCAUCUCUGACCGCCAUGUCUCCAUUGUCUCAGACAUAAGUCAGACAUUCCCCAAGGCACAUCACGGAGCCUGCAUUGUUCACCUUAUGAGAAAGGUUGUCUCCCGCUACAAAAGCAAGGGCCUUGCUAAGUUGGUUUGUGAGGCUGCUUUCCAGUUCCGCCGUGCUGAUUUUGAUGCAAAGUUUGACAAGAUCAAGAUGGCCAAUCCAGCCUGCUUCAAAUACCUGGAAGACAUUCACACUUCUAAAUGGUCUCGCACUUACUUCCUUGGCAACAGGUACAAUCUCAUGACCAGCAACAUUGCAGAGCAGCUGAACAAUGCAAUCUCAAAAUCCAGAGCUUCCCCCAUUGUUGAGAUGUUCAUGUUCAUACAGCGAAUGCUUACCCGCUGGUUUUCAGCUAUGAGGACUAAAUCAUCAAAACAUAGGGGAUUUUACAUACCAGAGGUUGAUAAGGUCAUUCAGACCCACAUCAAACUUACUAAAGGCAGCAAAAUCUCCCCAUCUAAGGAAUGGAGCUUUUCUAUAAGGGGGCUCUUUGGCCAUGGCAACACUGUUCACCUGGAUACUAAGACUCAACACUGGAUAGACACAUAUGCAGGUGUGAUUUACCCUGAGACAGACAUUGGUGAAUUCUCCAUCCCUCCUGCUCUUCCUGAUCUUCCUAUUGGCCCUCUGAGGACUCGCCGUCCUUCUGGCCGUCCAAAGGAAUCACGGAUCCCGUCAACAGGAGAGAUACCGCCUGUCAAAAAAACCAAGACUGUUCCCAACAAGUGCAGCCGCUGCGGUGGUACUUGGCACAAUCAGACUCGCUGUGUCUGCCCUAUCUGA